GACUGCGGCCAAAGACGGCAAAAAUAUAUUACACAAUAUAUUUUGCUUCGUCCGUCGUAUACAAGAGCGGAGAGAUUUUCCUAUACCCGUACGAAAAGGCGACUUGCGAAGAAGCGGGUGCUAGUGAAGUUGCAUUGAAAGAACAAUUUCUAGCUGCAAGGCGAUGUGAAAAGGUGAACACUACGUGAGAGCCCAACAAACUGAAGAGACAACAGGAGCAAUAAAACCAAAACUAGCAGCCCCAGUCUCUUCAUCAAAAAUUGGAUUUGCGGUUGCUGUGUAGGUUUUUUUUGCCGACUUUCUAAGAGGCUCAUGGACGACUCGUUUAUAGUACACCUCUGUUUGUGAUUGCGUUUACUGGGCGCAUCGGCUAAUAGUAGCUUGAAAAGAUUUUCUUUUGUUUUUUGUUUUCUUUUCCGAUAUUUCUGCAAGUUUGGAGUUAAGCAUCAAACUAAAUAACCCACGUCUAGCAGGUGCCCGAGGUUUAGAUUCUUCCAAUUGGAACACAGAAUAGCAUACGUUAACCAUGGCAGAUCAACAACAGUACUUCCUCAAGUGGAAUGACUUUCAAACCAAUAUGGUAACGUCGUUCCGGCAUCUUCGCAAUGAAAAAAGUUUCACAGACGUAACGCUGGCGUGCGAAGGACAGACUUGCAAGGCACACAAGAUGGUGCUAUCUGCGUGCAGCCCAUACUUCAAGUCACUGCUAGAGGAGAAUCCCUCGAAGCACCCGAUCAUCAUCCUGAAAGACGUUUCGUACAGUCAUCUGCAGGCGAUCCUAGAGUUCAUGUACGCCGGUGAGGUGAACGUGUCUCAAGAACAGUUGCCUACGUUUUUGAAAACUGCCGAUAGACUGAAAGUAAAGGGUCUGGCGGAGACCCCGACGAAUAUCAAGCGAGAGGGCUAAUAUGCGAUGCACCUUGUUGGGUUUUCCUUAUUAAAUUUUCUUCUCCCGGGCACGCUCGCUGAAUAGUUUCUAAUCAAUUUAUAUAUAGUCUCGUAAUACCAAUAUAUAAAACCAGGAAAACCGCAAGCCUAGAUACACCUCUAAUCAAACUGCAGACAAAUGCAUGCUGCAGUCAGUAAAUUAGUAGUUUUCGCAGGAAGACAGCGAGCGGCUCGAGAAUGGAGAAGAAAGGUACCAUAAGGUUAAAUUUUAUAAAAUCAAAUACUAUUGGGGAAGUAAUACAGCAUACACACAUGCAUACUAAACGAGAGAAAGAGAACGAGCGACCGUGCGUAUAGUAAGAAUAUUGAAGUUUAACAUUAAUUAUACAACAAACUGAUGGGAAAAUCAUCUUUUCCACGCUACUUCUUAGUUUUUAUUACUCUUAGUAAUGUCAAAUUCCAAACAAAAAGAACUAUUGAAGACAACAGCAAUUAUCUUCCUAAAUUUUAUUCAGUUGUUUGAUUGAUGUAAGAUGUGUCUUUUUCUAUUCUUUAUCGCCUGACUUGACAUGCGAGCAGAGAUCGGAAGUGCAGUUCUGUAGCUUUAGAGAAUUAUCAUUUGUAUUGGACUGGCACCAAUUUUCUUUUGGCCUGAAUUGAGCGUUUUUAGUAAUGUGUAAAUAUGGAAAGAGCGAGAGAAAUAGAAAGAAAGGUGGACAGAGUUAUAGAGGCCUGGAGAUAGUGUUGGUCAGUAUUGGCCCUGAAGGGUAGCUCUUGCCCGUAUAGAUGGGAAGAGUUUACGACAAGAAAAAAUAACUUUGCAGAAUAUAUACUAAAGAAAGGAUCAAUUUUAAAAUAGGAAAUAUACAUUACUUGAAAGUGGAAGAAUAUCUUCUCGAGUUUAAUACUUUUAAUCUAUUUUCCUGUAAAAUCGUCUGAUUGCAAAAAAACUUCACUGAAGCAUGAUUUUCUCCUUCUACUUUGAGCUAUCUCAAUUGAUAAUGGUUUAGACUUGUACCGCUAUUAUUAUAUUUUUUGUUAGCACAAUUGUAUUUGAUGAGACAGUACAUUUUGUAGGAAUUCCAAAAAAACAAA